GCGGGCGCGCCGAGGACUUCAAAGGCCCGGCGCUGCCGCCGCCCCCGCGCGCGCGCGCGAAUAGUACGGUCCAAGGGGGCGGCUCCUGGGGCGCGGCUCCCGCGGCAGCUGAUGCGCGCCCCGCCGGCCGGGAGGCGGGAGCCAGAGACCCCCGAGACCCGAGCCGCCCGGCGCCGCGGGCCGGGGCCCUGAGGAGGCCCCAGGAGAGGCAUCUUCCCGGCGGGAGUCGCCGGCGCGGAGGUGGCCGCGGCCGCACCGUUCGGAAAGGAGGACGAAGAGGAAGCUGCGCUGCUUGCCGGCGGAGAGGAAGCGCUCCACCCGGGCCCCCGACGGCGCUCGUUUAACCACAUCCGUGCCUCCGCUGGAAACGCUUACAGGCGCCUGUCACCCGUUCCCUCCAUUUUGAAAGGGAAAAAAGGCUCUCCCCCUUCCCCUACUCUUAGGACCUGGAGCCGGAGGAGCCGCGCUCAUGGCGUUCAGCCCUUGGCAGAUCCUGUCCCCAGUGCAGUGGGCGAAAUGGACCUGGUCCGCGGUGCGCGGCGGGGGCGCCGGAGAGGACGAGGCCGGAGGGCCAGAGGGCGACCCCGAGGAGGAGGACUCGCAAGCCGAGACCAAAUCCUUGAGUUUCAGCUCGGAUUCUGAAGGUAAUUUUGAGACCCCUGAAGCUGAAACACCAAUCAGAUCGCCUCUCAAGGAAUCCUGUGAUUCAUCCCUAGGAUUGGCAGGACGGGGGGCCAAAACCCAAGAAUCACAAGAAGCUGAUGAACAGCUGGUAGCAGAAGUGGUUGAAAAAUGUUCAUCUGAGACUUGUUCUAGAACCUCAGAAAAUGAGGUAGCACAGCAGGCUGUUGAUUCUUACACGGCCAAGGAUUUCAAAGAACCUGAACACGAGAGUAGCAAAAUUUCAGUAGUGAGGCCAUUUUCAAUAGAAACCAAGAAUGCCACGGAUAUCCCAGCGGCUCUAGGAACAAAGGCCGCUUAUGGCUGUGUAACUGUGGUCUCGGGUGAGGCUUUGCCCUCCAGCACACCAGAAGCCAUCCUGGACAAGGCAAUGACCGAAGGCACCAUGGGGGUUGCACUGGAGGCUUCCACAGAAGCUGACCUAAAGGCUGGCAGCUCCUGUCCAGAGCCUGUUCCCAGCAGAAGCAAGCUAAGGAAACCCAAACCCGUCUCUCUGAGGAAGAAGACAAUUGGUGAAUUCUUAGAAACUGAUACUGCCCUGGAGAGCACACCUCUCCCCCAGGCAUCCUAUCAGUUCUGUCCCGAUGAGAUGGAUGGGAACACAAAUGCUUUGCUAGGAGGUGCCAGGAUCCAGAAAUCUCCCCCUGAUAUGAAGGAAACAUCGCGCACUCCCAGCAGUGACACCAACGACUCAGGAGUUGAGCUGCUGGAGGAGUCAAGGAACUCACCUCUGAAACUAGAGUUUGAUUUCACAGAAGAUCUGGAAAAUAUAGAGCCCAGGAAAGGCCUUCCAAGGAAGGUUGGCAGGAAACUGGGUAGCAAACUGCCUCCCAAGGUACAGAAAGAUAGCAUUAGUAAGCCAGUAGGCGCCAAAGGUACGGACCAGCCUGCAGACCCCGCUGCACAUAGUGCUCCUCCCUCCCAGGCAUCUGCCAAGCUGGAUCCCAGCCAGUGGGAUCACCACAACUUCAAUCCCUUUGGGGGCCACUCAACUCUGCAGAACUCCCCCCCUCUGUCCUCUAAGGGCUCCUACCACUUUGACGAAUCCAUGGAUCCCUUUAAACCAACUACAACGUUAGCAAGCAGUGACUUUUGUUCUCCCGCCGGUAAUCAUAUUAAUGAAAUCUUAGCGUCACCCAAGAAGGCAAAGUCGCGUUUAAUAACGAGUGGCUGUAAGGUGAAGAAAUAUGAAACACAGUCUCUUGCUUUGGAUGGCUGUUCUCAGGAUGAAGGAGCAGUGAUCGCCCAGAUUUCAGACGUUUCUAAUAGGGAUGGCCACGCUACUGAUGAGGAGAAACUGGCGUCCACUUCAUCUGGUCAGAAAUCAUCUGGGGCCGAGGUGAAAGGUGAGCCAGAGGAAGACCUGGAGUACUUUGAAUGUUCCAAUGUUCCCGUGUCUACCAUAAAUCAUGCGUUUUCAUCCUCAGAAGCAGGUAUAGAGAAAGAGACGUGCCAAAAGAUGGAAAAAGAUGGAUCUGCCAUGACUGGACUGUUGUUGGAGUCCUCUGUGGAGAAGGCCCCCGUGUCUGUGGCCUGUGGAGGGGAGAGCCCCCUGGAUGGCAUCUGCCUCAGUGAAUCAGAUAAGACAGCCGUGCUUACUCUCAUAAGAGAAGAGAUAAUCACUAAGGAAAUUGAAGCAAAUGAAUGGAAGAAAAAAUACGAAGAAACCCGACAAGAAGUCUUGGAGAUGAGGAAAAUUGUGGCUGAAUAUGAAAAGACCAUUGCCCAAAUGAUUGAAGAUGAACAGAGGACAAGUAUGACCUCUCAGAAAAGCUUCCAGCAACUGACCAUGGAGAAGGAGCAGGCCCUGGCUGACCUUAAUUCUGUGGAAAGGUCCCUUUCUGAUCUCUUCAGGAGAUACGAGAACCUGAAAGGCGUUCUGGAAGGGUUCAAGAAGAAUGAAGAAGCCUUGAAAAAAUGUGCCCAGGAUUACUUAGCCAGAGUUAAACAAGAGGAACAGCGAUACCAGGCUCUGAAGAUCCACGCAGAAGAAAAACUAGACAAAGCCAAUGAAGAGAUCGCUCAGGUUCGAACAAAAGCGAAGGCCGAGAGUGCAGCUCUCCAUGCCGGACUCCGGAAGGAACAGAUGAAGGUGGAGUCCCUGGAAAGAGCCCUUCAGCAGAAGAACCAAGAAAUUGAGGAACUAACAAAAAUCUGCGAUGAGCUGAUUGCGAAGCUGGGGAAGACUGACUGAGUUUCCCCCCAUUAGCUCAGCAGAUCUGCAUUUGGCUGCUUUUCUCUUAACCACAGUUAUCUUGCCUUAUCCAGGAAUAAUUGUCCCUUUGCAGAGAAAAAAAAAACCUUUAAAAAAGCACAUGCCCACUGCUGCCUGUCCCGCUUUGCUGCCGACACAACACCCCUGGAAGGAACCCUAGAGCAUCGCACGGUCCUGGGAAGAGUGGCGUCCGAGUGCUGUCCGCCGAUAGGUUUGGUCAGGCUGCUAAGUUUGGGGGCGUGAUUUCUCUGUCUUUAGUCCGUUUUUAAAAGUCAUCUUUUCUUUUCCAAGCACGUUAAAUAUGGGAUUUUGUGGCUCCUCUUUGGGAUCAUCUUCUGUCCACCACCUGUCUGAAUUUUUUGGUGACCUAUUUAGUUUGUCUUUUAAAUUUAGCGUUCAACAUUGGUAGUCUUAUUUGAGGGAGGAAAUAAUUUGGCCUAUUGUUACUUCUAGUUUGUAAACAAGAAGGGACUUUGAGUACCUGUUUCUACACACAUACACACGCACAUAUAUGCUUAUAGAUAUAUGCUGCUGGUUUUUUUUCUCUGAAGCAGAGUCAAAUAAGAGCUUCUCCACACAAGAGCAUAUUUCCAUAAAUGUAAAACCCUGUUUUGAAAUAGAGUCGUGGCCUAGCAUGCCAACCUCAGACUUUGGGGAAUUGAAGGUGCAAAGACCCCAGACUCAGGUUUUACAUCUGGGGAAGACUUUUUGCCACAAUGUUUCGUUGCCCUGGUAUUUGGAUACUCCUCAGCCCUGAGAAGUGCGGCCCCAAAGGGACUGACCCCAGUCCCCAGAGCACAAAGGGCAGCCGCUAGCUGGACUCCCUCCAAGCUGAGGUUUGGCACGUCUGUCCCAGAGCCGGUCCGUCUCCUCUGCUUCUAUUUGUUGCUACAAAAUCAGCAUUGACCCUUCAUCAUCUAUUUGAAAUAUGCAAAGAAAAUCUACUUGUAAAAGGCUUAGGCAGUCUCAUUGAGUUAAAAGGUAACUGUAACCCUGCUAGCAAUUAUAAGGAGAAGAAACAGUUGGGUUUUUUACAAGUGUAAUGCGUUGUUCUUUGGAUUUUUUUUUUUUUUUAAGGCAAAAAACCCUUUCAAACUUAGAAUGUUUAACAAAACGGGCUAUAAAAAUCAUGUGAGCCACUCCAAAAAUCAGCACAUUUUGAAUAUUGUUAAACAAAGAGCAUUUGGUGAGUGCAAGGAGCAGAACAACACUCCCAAAACCAAAUUCCUGAAGCUCUUCCUGGACGUGGGUCAGAGCGAUGGGGCCAUUAACCCCAAGAUGGCAAUUUUUCCAUGUAACGCCAGUGAACUCCCUUCCAUUUGGUGGGCAGAACCAAAUCCAUGCAGUGUUUGAAAACGCUCUUUUGUCUUAAUCUUACACCCUGGAAGUCUUCAUGGUGAUAUGCACUAUGUUCAGUACAUGUAAGUUUUCGUACCUUUCUUGUAAAAACCCUUGCAUGAUCCAACUUCAGCAAUGAAUUGUGCCUAGUGGAGAACCUCUAUAGAUCUUUAAAAAUGCAUUUUUCUUUAGCGCUGUUCUAUUCACAUGGGUGCGAUCUUUAGCCCCAGGGAGGUCCAUAAUGUCUUUAAAGCUAGAAGUCACGUCUUACCAAUAUGCAUUUAUCGUAAUUGGUGCUUAGGCUGUAUUUUAAAGCCUACUGUCUUAAUAUUUUGUACAAAAAAGAACAACAGAAAUGAUCUGUGGCUGGAGAAGUGACUUGACAAUCAUUUGGGCUUUGAGAGCAGUCACUGUGGUUCAGUGUGAGUACAAUACUGUAGUCAGAGUGUCCGCAAUGGACAAGUGUCUCCAGUUGGCGGAACGGAUUUCUCUCGGUCCUCCACUACUAGGGAAAUUAACUUUGCAUUUUGCAGAAAGAAACAUUGCUAAACCUUUCUGCCGCUGUGUUUUGGUGAGAUAUCCAUGUUUAUUUGUUUUAUAUUGAUCUGUUUUAAGCAUGAAAGGCUUAUAGUGGUCUCCAUUCUAAAUUCGUAGUCCUCCAUUUAGGCUUCUUAUGUAUAUAAAAAAAAGUAGCUGUGUGUUAAAACCAAGGUGACGACAAUCCUUCCCUAUUACGCUGGUGGAAGAGACCCCCCAAAAGACCCCAGUGAAUGAGGUUGCUGAACAAGGGCCACGAAAGUGCCGUGGUUAUGCAACGUCCGCCGCUGGCUUCUCAGCCAUGGCUGUUGCAAGGGAAUGUUCUUCCUCCUCACUUCAUAGAUGGAUAUUCUCCAACAAGAGUAAAAAUGUAGCUUGUUCAGCUGGUAAAUCAAGAGAAUAUCCUGGGCAGAAAGAAGUAUGUUUGUUUUUCUUUAAAAAUAAGCAAAAGGGAAAAAAAACCUUCCAAAUUCUAAGAGUGAGAACACAGCCUAGAGUUUUGCUUCAAAGCACGUGAGGGCCAUGACUUGUUAGGUCGGCAAUAAUAAACCCCGUCAACAAGAGUGGGAAGAGAGGAGAAAGGAAGCUGUUGUCCCAGGCAGGUUUGGGGGCAUUAGGUGAUCAGUCUUGUUGAGACUCCGAACCCAGAGCUAUUUCUUAAGUUUUUGACUUCACCAAAGUGUAAAUAGAUAGUCUCUGUCUAAAAGUAUUUUAAUGGGAAGAUUUAGCUAAGACAGACCGAAGAGUUUGUCACUUGGUUGGCUGGUCAGUUAUAGUCAGACCUCCUGAGAUUUACUUUAUUUGGAGAAGCUCCUGGAAGCCAGUGACCUGCCCAAACCUUUUGUUCUGUAAAACUGUUCUGGAAAUAUUGAGAAGCCCAGUUUUCUCACGUGGUUUCUAGCUUCUUCAGACCCAGCCCAAAUUAGGAAGUGCAGAAGCACAUGAUGGUGAAGAACUCUGACGAUCUGGCAGCCUUCCAGAAUGAUAUGGAAUCUAAGGGGAGAUUUAUGUUUCAUUUUGGAGGCUAGCUCAAGCUGAAUUUUACCCUUCCUUCCUGUCCCACACUUUGUGCAACCCUCCCACAAAUACUUAGAUGUUUGUUAGACAGCCCUGAAUUAGCACUGUUAUACACAUCAAGUGCCCCGAACGUUCCUGGGCUGACUAAGCAGCCAGAACAAAACACUGAUUUUCAAGCAAGGCAGGUAACAGGGCCCGGUGGUGGCUCUACAGCUCAGAAUAGAGUUUUAAAGAGGGGGCAUUGGUAAGUCUGGUGUGCUGUGGUCGGAGAUGGUUCAGCACACCCUUUUUUGGUGGGGCAGAAGCUCUAACGCUCCCUGUUUAUUUCCUUUGGUUCUUCACUACAACCAGUAGCCGUCUCCCAAGUCGUACGUGAUUGUCGUCCCUCUGUAGUCUGUGACUGUGCGAGCUUGCUCUCGGACGACGUGGGUUUCUUUAUCCUCUUGUCGGGGAGAGAGAAACGAGGUGCUGAAAGAUUAAAUGAUUUAGGCAAAGGAUUUUAAAGUAAAGAUGUAUAUAUUCUAAAGCAUUUAAAAGAUAACAGAUUAUUAUUUGCUUAUUAAAGAAUAAAAUAUAGUCUGGGAAUCCCAGAAUGCCAAGCCAAAGGUCUAAGAAGUCAUCUUCUUCAAAGAUUUUAAAGAAGUAGCAUUUUGAGGAGACCUCUGUCCAAAAAGGUUUGACUGGCCUCCAGAUUCUGGUGGCUUUAGGAAAGCAAUGUAUCACUCAAACCUUGAGUCUCCCGCAUAGUAAAGGUAAAGGAACUGACACACGAGACACUUCUCUCUAACGGUCUCCUCUGGAAGAUGAUGUCGACGGCAGCAUUUCCAGGGAAGACCCACGCCCUCGUGCCCAGAGCCAGCAUUCUGGAGACUAAAGAUUGCACUUUUCGUAGUUCUUUGUCCAAAUGCGAUCCCAUUUCUGUGCCUCUUAGCAUGCAGUUAGAUUUGGACAAACAAGAUUCCUAAGGAAUGACUUUAUUAACUAUAAUAUGGUUACAGCUAUUACAUACAUAUAUAUAUUCUGGUUAUAGUUCUAAUAUGGAGAUGUUGUGUGACACCAGCCUGUGGCAGUCUGAAUAACACUCCCAACUCAUUUGGAGGAGGCCAGGCCCAGAGCUGAGGUGUGGCUCGAACCUUCCCUGUGUCCCUUCUUCACCGUAGAGCUGUGAAGGUGUCACUUUGUUCCCCCUCUGCCUUUCAGUGGUAUCUGAAAUAUAUACAAAGUACGUCCUAGUCACAUUGCUAACGGAUGCUCUGUGAAUGAUUUCCACAUGGACAUGUGCGGAUUAGAACUCGGAAACCGCGGCCAGUCCAGAUACGGGGCCGCCUGCGGACUACUGGCCACACGCGCGGCUUCCGAGCCAUCCUUGUCACCCAGGGGGAUGGGAUCCGGGCAUUCCUUUUAAACCUCAGAGGUAGCAGUAAACCUUUCAGUGUUGCUGUUAGCAAGUGUGUGUUUGCCAGUAGAUGCCCAUUUGUACUCACGUGCCAGCAAGUAGACAUCAGCCGCACAUCUGCUUCCUCUGUGUCCCCGCGGGCGCCCAGGCGCGUGUGAGGAGCCUCCCAUCCAGAGGAGCGAACGCCGCGCCGACUACUGUUAUCAGGAUUGUGUUGUGUGGAAUAAUCAUCUACAUAAAUUUUAUAUGCACAGUACUUUCCCUUUUAUAUGUCAGGUAAAUAUUUGUAAAAGUUAUACUCACACAAAUGAAAUUAUUAUAAUGAUUACUAAUAUAUUUUUUCCAUGUUUCAUUGCCUGAAUAAAAACUGUUUACCACUGUUA